AUGGACGGGCAGCCCGGCCGCAAGAGGCCGACCCCGAUUCACAUCUUCAGCUACCACUACCUACUUCUACCGCCGAUCCUGUUCGCGGCGCUGACGGGCAUCGUGCUGUUUGUGCACUCGGACGUCAACAUCGCGCUGCUGUACUCGCAGUGCCACUCGCGCAGCCGCGUGCCAUGGCUGAGCCACAUCCCCCUGCUCGGCUCGCCGGCCUGCUUCCUCGUCUCCUUCUUCCAGGAGGCCCUCGCCUCGGCCCGCUCCUUCGCCGCCAUGGCCGACAUCCUCGUCUUCAUCGGCGGCCUGCUGACCGUCAACCUCGUCGAGUCGGCGCGCAUCGCCAACGGGCCGAGCGUGCUCAUCGCGUACCCGACCGGCGCGUGGCUCGUCUUCAACCUCAUCGGCGGCGCCCUGGUCUGGGAGCUCGUCAUCAUCCCGGCCUUCUUUCACCGCAGCAAGCAGAUCCUCGAGGCGCGGGAAGCCGGCCGCGAGCCCGAUGCUGAGGUGACGGACACGGACCCGACGUUUGGCGCAGCACGGCGCCAUCUAGGCGUGCUGGCCGAGGUUGUCGCCAUUCCUGUUGCCGUGAGCAUUGGCUUCGUCCUGCCGAGUUUGCUCAUGCUCAUUCUGGACUCGUCAGUUGUCAUCUUUGUGUGGCUCUUUUUCCCCAUCUACGUUUCAGUCAUUCGGCAGGCAGUGCGAUUUGCCAUUGUCAAGCUGGGGACCAGCUCUCUGGGUGCCAGCCUGCACCUCGAAUCGCACCGUCCCUCGUUGCUGGCGAUGUAUGCCGUGCCCGUGGUGUGCUCGGUCUUGGCGCACUGGCUGCUCAUCUGGAGCGUCUUCCAGGGCGACGACCGGAAGGAGAUGACGCGUGCUACGGGCAAAUUCAUCGAGAUUGAUGUCUUCUUCAUCAUGAUCACGGUGUUGUACUGGGUGUUCGUCGAGGCCGGGUGGAAGGUCGCGAUCGUCAUGAUGGUUGUCUCCAUACUUUUUGGUCCCGGCGCAGGGAUCUGCGUCGGCUGGGUCUAUCGGGAGGGUGCCUUCGCUCCGGACUCGCAGACACCAGCAUCGGGGCUAAGGGCCGCCGCCGAGGAGGAGGCCGGGGAGAGCGAGGCUGCAGCUGGAGGCGGUGCGGAGCCCGGCGAGCACACGCCGCUGCUCCGGUGA